AUGAUUUCUCAGCGCGCGUCAACACACACAAUGAACGUCCGCCCUACAACAGACCUCGCGCGGCAUGCGAUACUCGUAAUCCGAGGGGCACGGCAUGCCUCGACAGCUCCAGAGCCACCAAAGCUCGAAUUGGGCCGGCAGAUAUUCGUCUACAACCACUUGCAGAGGAAUCACGUCGUGUAUUCUUUAACCAAAACUUUAAAAAACCACAAAUCUCUGCGCCAAAUCCCCUUCAACGGCAAAAAAACCGUCCCUCGCGCCCUGCGGAAAGACCACUGGACACCCCUGGCCACCUUAACCUUCCCUUCCCCGACCAUCGGGAUCUCCGCGCUUCAAAGACUGCGCGAGUUCCGGCGCCGUCACGAGCUAGAAUGGAGUGUGAAAUCAUUAUUCCCGAAUGAGAAGGAGAGGACGGAUUACCUAGAGGGCGCUUAUGUGGCUGAAGGUAAGUAUAAGGGUUUGUCGGAGAAGCAGCAGGGAAAGAAAAAGAAUCAUGUGAGGAGGAAGAUGGUGGGCUGGAAGUUGAUGGAUCAGAAGCCGAAUAGUGUGGCGGAUAUGGCGUUUGUGUGUAGCAGGUUAGAUGCCGUAGAGGUUGGGAAGGAGAAGGGGACCAGGCUUGGGUUGCAUGGAGAGGGGACGGGGGCGCCUGUUGAGGUUUUGUGGAACAAUAUGUUGGAUGCAGAGUAUGCGGAGACGUGGAGUGGGAAUGUGGUGCAUGGGCCGAUGCAGGAUAGAAGGCCACAGGAGGUUUUGGUUGAGGAAGUCGAGGAGCAGACGUCAGAGGAGAAGGUUGAGCCGGUUAAGGAGCAAACAAAGAAGCCGGAGAAUAUUGUGCUGUAA